UUAUAAUUAUACCUACUUGAUCGAUCAUUUAGUCACCGAUUUUUAUCGUUUGCACUUCAUUUUUAAUUCGGUUCUGGUGUCACGAUGCGAUGGUGUCUGUCGAUCUCGCAGCUAAACUGAUGAAAUGCACUUUUCUUCACGUGCUGAAGAAUCUUUUCGUAUAGUAAAUUUAUUCGUGUUGUGUUGAGUGUAUUUCGUAUAUGGAUCGGUGGAACUGCGAGGUCUAUGGCUUUCCAAGAGCUGGCGCUUGUAUGAUUUAAACCGAGACCUAUGAGAAUGGGAACAUCAAAAAUUUUGAAUGCUCUCAAUAAAACAUUACAUCUAACUGGUAUUGGUCUAGCUGUGCAAGCUUUCUAUAUAAAUCUAACAUUAGAUUCAGCUCUGGGAGGUGAAUAUGUAAACUUGCAACCAGCAGGACCUCCACUGAUCAACCCUGGCAGUAUCUGGAAUAUAAAUGGUGCCCCGGCUAGAUUGGGAUAUGGACAACCAGGAUAUGCACACCCAGGAUAUGCACAACCAGCAUAUGCACAACCAGCAUAUGUACAACCAUAUGUACAACCAGGAUACGGAGGAUAUGCUCAAGGAGGAUAUAAUCAGGGAGGAUAUGGAAGAGAUGUCCGGCGUCUUGGGACAGGAGGGGCAAUAGGAGGGAAUAAUUAUGAUGCAAAUGCAUACCGGGAUGCAAAUGGGUAUUACCAUGAUAAUUCUGGUUUGCAAAAUGGAUACGAUGUUGGAAAAACUUACGGUGGUGGCCGUGACUAUGGUGUCACCAGUGUCCAGGGUAAUGCAUAUGGUGAUGUGAAUGGUAGAAAUAAAGGACAUCAGGUGGCUGGCUUCAGUACAUCGUAUUCUAAAAAUGAAAAUGGCAAUAAAUCAACAUAUUAUGAUGAUGGUCUUGGCCAUGGUGGAGCUACACAAUAUGGUCUUCGUGAUCAGAGGAUUCGUGAUGGUGCUGGAAACGCUUAUGGCGGAGGAGUUCACGAUUCUUCGCUGAAAUUGAACGCCUUAGGAAACCAAGGCCAAUAUGGCGGUGCUGGAGGGUACAGAACUACAGAUAAUCGAGGUGGAACUGCUGGAGGUACUGAUGUCUAUGGUGGUGGAGCCCGAGCUGGAGCUGGAGUCAGUGGUGGAGUUUAUCAACCUGUGCUCUCAAGACCUGUAUAUAUUUCUCAACCAGUCCCUGUAGCUCAACCAAUACCUGUUGCUCAACCAAUCCCUGUAGCUCAUCCAUACUCGGUUGGUCAACCUAUUCCUUUAGCUUCACACUCACAGGCUAUUGCACUGCCAGCAGCAGCUCCAUCAGCUGCCAAAGGGUCUUCAGCUCCAUAUGUGAUACCUACACCUAAUAAAUUGUAUGUUGAUAGACAUAGAUCUAAUGUUGCAGUUGCUGGUUAGAAAUAUUGAAUUGGUAGCUUUUUAAUUAUCUGUUUUAGAAAAUUCGAAUAGUAAAUUUUGUUGAGUUUUGGCUUAUUAAAUUGAUUAAAUAUUUUGUAUAAAACAGGAGUGUAUAUUUUUUGAAAAAUGUUUUAUAUGUAUUUUUCUAGAGUGAUCAACUGAUCAUCUUGACUUGAAUUGAGUGACUUUGUUCUGUUAGCUGUGUCAGGUACCUGUUUGCUGAAACC